AAACAAUAAACACAGUUUGUAUCUUUUUUGCGUUUUCGUCUUUAAAAUAGAGCACUUCUGCGGGCAGGAUUUCUUCGCGUCGUCUGUUUUGUCCCCACAAAAUUCACGUAAUUCGUCAGGUCUAAGUUUAAAGAAAGAAAUUACUCCAUAUCUAAGGACGUGUCCCAAAUGCCUCUCUAGGAGACUUUCAGGGCGCUACACGAACUCCCGAGAGCUUUAUUUUUUGAACCGCUGGGUAGUGCACUUAUCAAGGGAAUGUGAAUGGAUUUGGGAUUGGGCCCAGAUUAUUAGCAGUCGCACCCUUGCUAGCACGUUGAAAUUAGCUCAUGUAGUUUGCCUGAGAAUGCUUGCACUUCAAGCGAGGAAGAAAAGGACCAAGCCGAAAAAACCGGGCAAAAAACCUGAUCCCCACCCGCGGGGAGCUGCUCAGCCUGACUCAGCUCUGCAGGAGCAAGAGGAGGAGAUCUUGGGCUCUGACGAUGAAGAACAGGAAGAUCCCAAUGACUACUGCAAGGGUGGCUAUCAUCAUGUGAAGAUUGGUGACCUGUUCAACGGUCGGUACCAUGUGAUCCGCAAGCUGGGCUGGGGGCAUUUCUCCACUGUGUGGUUGGCAUGGGACAUUCAGGGAAAGCGCUUUGUGGCAAUGAAGGUAGUGAAGAGUGCAGAGCAUUACACUGAAACAGCUCUGGAUGAGAUCAAGCUCCUGCGUGCGGUGCGAACCUCGGACCCGAACGACCCCAGCGGAGAGAAAGUAGUGCAGCUGCUGGACGACUUCAAGAUUUCAGGCGUCAAUGGCACUCAUGUUUGCAUGGUUUUUGAGGUUCUUGGUCACCACUUGCUCAAGUGGAUCAUCAAAUCAAACUACCAGGGUUUGCCCUUACCCUGUGUUAAAAGCAUCAUUCGGCAGGUUCUGCAGGGUCUGGACUAUCUGCACACAAAGUGCAAAAUCAUCCACACAGACAUCAAGCCAGAAAAUAUCUUAAUGACCGUCGACGAGUCGUACAUCAGGAAGCUGGCAGCCGAGGCCACGGAGUGGCAGAAAUCUGGAGCUCCUCCACCAUCCGGCUCUGCAGUAAGCACAGCUCCAGCUCCAAAACAGAUGGUGAAAAUGUCUAAGAACAAAAAGAAGAAGCUGAAAAAGAAGCAGAAGCGGCAGGCCGAGCUGCUGGAGAAACGCAUCCUGGACAUCGAAGGGCUCGAGAGAGUGAACGAAGUGGGCGAGGAUGAAGAGGACGAGGAAACGGAAACCCCCGACACAACUCCGACAGUACCCAACAGUCAGACUCUGCAGGAAAUCACAGCCGAGGCCACCCUGGAUGGAGUUCCUGAACCCUGGUCUCAGCACAGAGAAUGCACCAUGGAUGGAAACUUUAACAGCCAGCACCCCGAGGACAUAAAACCCGCCGACGUGCAGCAGCAAGAGAAGGACGAAACUCCCAUCAACCCUUACGGCAAUGUCACAGGAGAGGCGGAGUCCCAGCCCGUAAACCCCUACCCAGUGUGCAACGGGAUGACACCCAGCGAGCCGGGCUGUCCUGAUGGUAAUGGACCUUUGCUUUGUGACGUCUUUGAGCCGCAGCAGAAACAGGAGACACUGGAUACAAAGAAACUGAACGCCUGUAACACUGUAAACGAAUGGGAGCUGGAGUCGAGACCCAAGAAAGAGGCAGAGGCCAGUGCACAGGCAGGCCCAGACUUGGAGGACGUUAAGCUCGCCGCAGGGAAUCUCUUGGUAAACCUGCUGGAUCCACUAAACGCUGACAAGAUCCAGGUGAAAAUCGCUGACCUGGGGAACGCCUGCUGGGUGCACAAACACUUCACGGAUGAUAUUCAGACGCGGCAGUAUCGUUCUCUGGAAGUACUAAUCGGUUCAGGCUACGGCACACCAGCAGACAUCUGGAGCACAGCGUGCAUGGCGUUUGAACUGGCCACAGGGGAUUACCUGUUUGAACCGCAUUCAGGAGAGGAUUACUCCAGAGAUGAAGAUCACAUUGCUCUGAUCAUCGAGCUGCUGGGAAAGGUUCCUCGCAAACUCAUCAUGAAUGGCAAAUAUUCAAAGGAGUUCUUCACCAAGAAAGGUGAGUUGAGGCACAUCACUAAGUUGAAGCCGUGGGGGCUUCUGGACGUCCUGGUGGAGAAGUACGAGUGGUCGAGGGAGGAGGCGCAGUGCUUCAGCAGCUUCCUCCUCCCCAUGCUGGAUCUGAUUCCCGAGAAAAGAGCCACAGCUGCUGAGUGCCUCCGCCACGCCUGGAUCACAUCGUAGUAGGCGUAGGGAAAAAAAUCCCUAAACAUGUAUACAUGCACACUGAUACUCACCUCUGAUAAAGACUAACAGUCUGGUCAAAUGGCACACUUCGGUUGGUGAUGGAGUAUGAAAGGGUCCAAUCAAACAGAAGUAAUAUUUAUUUCUCGUAACGUUCCUUUCUUAUGUACCGGGUGCAGUUUGAUGUAGCCGUUUCGGCGCUUUUUUUUUUUUUCUUCCUCUCUCGUGUGUGACAGCGUCUAACAACAUGCUUGUUUUCAUAUGAAGGGUACAAUAGCAGUUUAACGAUACAAGUAAAUAAUUUUCUCUACAUUUGCUUUAGUCGUAAUCGGUCGUCUUUUGACAGACGGCCAUACUCUUUUUGGCAGUACCGAAGGAAACACAGAUGUUCUGCUCUGAAAAGGCUGUUCAAAGGUUUGGUCAGUUGUUGUUUAUUGUUUUUCUUUCUUUCUGGAUAGUUUUACAUUUCAGGACAGGCUGCAUGAGACAAGCGAAUGAUUUACAGUGACGGUGAUGGCACCGAUGGCCUGGUUGCAAAUGGGUAUUAACUGUAUAAAACAGAUGUGAAUAUUCAGCUUAAUGAUUUCCAGAUGUGUGAGAGUCACUUUGUAAUAUGUAACUUAAAAAAAAAAAAUUAAAAAUGUAUUUAAAAAAAAAAAAAAAAAAAAAAAGCACAACUUUGGGAUGUGUUGGACUGAAGAAACGCAGUAUGGAAGAGGUGAACGUCUUCACCGUGGAGGUGGUGGUGUCAUGGGGAGAGAAAAAAAAUAUAUAUUGUGUUUUGUACAUACAUGUACCAAAGAGUUGGCGCUCUUCUUCUUCUUCUUCAGUGUCAGUAUUGUUGCAUUCAUGCAUUGCUUUGCUCAGUGGCUCGAUGGCAAUGUUUGAGUAACCAAUACGAAGAUGCCUUGAUAAACAGCUUCUCUGGGUUUUUGGGGGAUUCUCCUACUGAUGUUGCUCGAAGCAGGAUCGGUGAAAUAUUUUUUAUGUGUAAAUGAACGUAGGGUAAUUUUAUUGCGAAGGACCUGGAACUGUGCUUGCUCUUUUUGUAUCGAAAGACUUUCACCUUUUGACCCGUUUCCACGAGCACGUCCUUUUCUCUCGCUUUCUCUCUCUUUUUCCUCAGCCGCUAAGCUCUCGAUUGUUCGCUGCUUCAUAAAUAAAAACCCUUUCUGUAGUUGUUACAAAUAAAGACUUUAAAGUCGC